UCCUCCUCCACCCCUCGACAACCGCUGUUUAACGCAAUCGUAACCAAAUUCUCCCACCCCUACUCCAUGAUCUCCAUGGUAAUUUCUUUUUUUCCAAUUUUUCCUUUUUCCCCAUCUUCUGUCCUCUCAAAAGCGGUUAGAAAUCCACGGGUUUCAAAUGACUUACAUCCAUGUGGAGGAGGGACGGACAGCGGUAAAUGAGGAAAAAGUACGGGUGAGGCUCGCAGAGGGUUUGGCCUACGGUACCGUGGUCUCCUUGGUCUCGGCAGCUUCCCCUCGGUCAGUGGACGGUGCUGCAGGGAGUUCUGGCAGCAAGGCAGAAGAAGGGAGGAAGAACCCUUUCAAUCGGCCACCCCUGCCCCCCGAAAAUGUAUGAAAUCUACUAGCCCCGACAAGAAAUACAUCUCGCGGGUUACGGAAAUCGAGAUGGGGUUCGUGAUUUUUUCUUAUUCCGUUAUGAUAUUUCUUCCCCUUCGAUCGAGGGUUUGCGAUGAUACUCGCGUGUGCUAGUUUUUGCUUGGCUGGCUUUUUCCAUCGGGCAGGAGGUAGGUGGACGGGGAGGGAGGAGGAGGGGAACCUGAUGUUCUGUCCUAACCUAACCUGCCCCUGCUGCAGCUCAACGCAUAGAGCAGAGAGACAACCACACAUAUGCAUGGGGCCAGUUAGGACCUUGCGCUUUCCCUCACUCACCCAUUCAGAAAUCCUCAAGAUUUUUGAUUUCCUUUUUUCUUUUUCUUUUGUCUUGGACUCUUUCUUUUUAAUCCUAUUUUUUUUUUCUUCUCCUCCUCAGAACCCUGGAAAUAACCUGCGUUCGUUGGCAUUGUUAUUUUGUGGGCAGCGAGCGAGUGCUCUCUCAUGGGGAGUGCUACUACGAGUAUUGUGUGGUACUUGUGGCCAUUGUGCCGAAAUACAUCGACACCCUACUGAACCGGUCCAAAGUAUGAGACUCCACCCCUAUGUUCCCUCACCCAUCCUUUUCCCGUGCUGCACGGUAUUUUUAUGUCCUCGAUCAACCGGCGUAGACGGUUGAUUCACGGAUAGCCCUCUCUCUCCGCAGUCUGGAAGGGCACCCUACUGGUAUCGGCAGCAGGCAUUGAGAACACAACGGGGGAGAGAAGA